CGAACAAAUGUGCUCGUUCGCAUUGUAGUCGCACAAGAAAAACCGUAGUGUGUAGAUACAAGAAAUUUUUGAAACCAGCACAAAGGAUACGCUUUUCAUCAAACAAAGAAGAAAUAUUAAAAAUAAGUUUUCACUGUGAAUUAGCGCUUUGAAAAAGCUUUACAUUAAAAGAAAAAACUUAAUAAAUAAACUAAGUUUAAAUUAAUUGAAUAAUUUGUGUAAUAAAUCAGUUGUAAUGCGCGCACAUUUUGCUGGUGAUGUUACCAUAGCUGAGGCACCAACAGAUGCUGGUGCUGAUAGCAUAGAUACAAUUGAGGCCGAUGAAGAGCCAUUGGAUGCACGUAUCGAUGAGUUUAAGCAGGAUUCAAAGAACAUGGAAGUCGUUUCGGAGUUCAUAGAUGAUGUUUUGCAAAAAGCCGAGGCAGAAGCUGUGAAGCAGCAGGGUGGACAAAACGACAAAAAUUCGCAACAGUCCAAGGAGAAAACACGUCAAAGUUUCACUAUACCAGAUUUCAAGAAUGGCAAAAUGGUGAAUCGUGCACGCGGUUUGGUCGUACGCAUAUUCGAUGCCAUCUGCAAUUGCGCCAACACGGCAGCCGGACCGGCGCAACGUAUCAAGUUGCGUGCCAAACGUGCGGCAUCCAGCGCUACAGCGCCAGCCACGGAGAAUGGUACCGAAGGUAAAAAGCCGGAGGCGAAUGGCAAAGAGAAAAAGAGCGAUAAGAAGCAGAAAGAUGCCGCUAAGGCGGCUAAAAGUGAAGCAGCUAAGAGUGAAGAGGGUGCUGCAGCCACAACAUCAGCCGAGGAAGGUGAUGAGGCAGAGAAAAAGGAUGUCUCAGCAGACGAGCCGGAUAAGAAGCAGGCGGCAGAGGCAGAUAAGCAGUAAGUAAUUGAGUGUUAAUUGCGUGCGUGGAAAAUAUGCGAGCGUAUAAAUAAGUAGUAAACAUUGCCAAUAAUAUAGUUUCCAUUGCUUUAAGGAGUGAGUGUGAGGUGUGCACGUAAGAAGGGUAAUAAGUACGAGGGGCGAAUUUCAAAGUCGCAGUUGGUAUGGUGGGCGCAGAUUGUAGGCAUUGAGUGCAAGAAAAAGCUCGCCUCUGACAGCACAUGCAUUACUUUAAUAUUGCAAGCAAAUAGGAACUUAUUAAGAAAUCUUCAAUGAAAGUCAAUUCUUGUAGCAUUUACUGAAAGCUAAUUACUUGCCCAUGUAUAUACAUAUAUACAAAUAUAUGUGUUUAUAACAUACAUAUAUGUGUAUGCAUGUAUGUAUAAUUAUUAAUGAUUUUAAAUUUACGUUUGUGCCCGCCAUAACCGAGUUCGGCUUGCCUACCCUCUCAGCCACUCAGACACUGUCAUCAUUGACUUACUCCACUAUAAUUUAUAUACUAUGUAUAAAUACAUACAUACAUAUAUGUAUGUAUAUGCAAUUGCCGUAUUUGUUAAGCUAAAUAAAAGAAUAAUUAACUAUGCAUCUACUCAACGGUUUUCCAAGCUCGAUUGCAGCUCAAGCGUUGCAUUUCCUUUGCACAACUACAUAUAUAAAUAAAUAAAUAAAUUAAUUAAUUGAUUAAAUAAACAAUAAGAAACGCUUGCUAAAAGUAAAAAAAAAUAGUAAUAAAUUAGUUGUAAUUCAAUAAAUCACAAUCGUUGCCACUCGAAUCGCUAAUAAAUCACUUAUUUACACCGAUGACCAUUUUUCAAUCGUCAAUCAAUCGUCUUAAGUCCGAAAGAGACAUGUUUUGUUUAAUUGCUUGGUUUUAAAGAUACCGCCUACUGGACGACUGAUUUUUUUCAAAGGCGACUGAAAUACAUUCCAACUUCAACGCUGAAAACCAGUUCCAAACCAAUUGUUUUUUCGCAUCGGUGAGCGCUCGGCCCCGUUCGGCCUUCACUACUGUGCUAUGCAACUACAGCUACAAAGUGUAUUUCUCUCAUUCAGCAGCUUUGUGCUCAGUUCGACUCGGUUCAGCUUUCAGCAUGCAUUCUGCAAGAGGCCUUAGAGCGAUUCUCAUAGGGCUUUCGGUCUUUUUUCCAUGUCAGGUAACGUAGCCAGGUUACUGCAGGCGGUUACUUGUGUGAAAUCUUUUUGAUGGUAUUCUCCGGGCGAGUUUCUGGCAUACUGAGAUUGAGAGUGAGAUUUUCUGAAAAACACAACUCAGAACUCUCUCAACUUAGUAGCCCAAUCCAUCGACUUUUGGGAAAAAAUCGGAUUUCCUUCUAGUGUAGACUUCGACUUCUCAAAAGAAACAUUGAAGGAUAAUUCGCUUACCAAAAGUUUUCAUUGUCGAAUCAAAGAACGUCUACAUAAGUAUCCUCCAACUCAUUAAUUAUGGCUCUAUAGCGCUUCAUUUUCAAAGAUAAAGGUCAAUGAUGGGGAUGUUACAUCGUCUAAGCAAUGGUUGUGGAUUAUCAUCAUUCCAAAUACGAUAAUUUUGUUUAUUAACGUACUCAUUACAAUAAAAGUGACCUUUAUCGAUGAACAAAAUUUUCUUUUGAAAAUUCGCAUCGGUGGCCAGCUCAAUUUGGGCCUAUUGAUGUAACUUGCGACGUGCUUGAUGGUCGCUAGUCAUCAAUUCUUGCUUGAGUUGGGUUUCGUAGCGUGCAAACCAAGUUCCUUCCGAAAAAUUUUCCAUAAAGAAGAUGGCCUCAUUCGGAUCUUCUUUGAUAUUCUGCUACGCAGUAGCUAUAGCGUCGUUGGUGAGCGUUGUACGGCGUCUAUUUGAAAAAACACCCGAUAGUGGUUGAUUUCACAAACUAAUUUCAGUCCUCUUGCGGUGUAUUUUAUAAUUGGAAAUUUCUGAAAAUUUUUUAAGCAAACCCCGUCUUGUAGGAUUUUUACAUAAAAAUAGUAUAUUUUUUUAAUUUAAAAAUAUCGUAAUCUCCGUAAAGGUUUCAAAAUUAUGUGAACCUCUUUCGAUUUACCUAAAAGAAUAGUAUCUAACCACCAGAAUAUCACAAAACUAUUUAAAAUAAAUUCAAAACCAUCACCCCCAUAUCACACACUACUACAUAUAUAUACACCAAAAAAAAAAAAUUGU